GUCGGAUGUGAAGUAACAACACGUGUGUCGGACUUAAAAAUAACAAUAACAUGGGGAAGAAAAAAGCAGGACCAAGUGCUGAGAGUGUUGCAUCAGCUCCCCUAAAUUUUGCUCCUGAGUUUGAUGGCCUUUUAGGGUUUGAAGAAAUAAAAUCUUGUACAUUAUUGAAAUUUGACAAGAGGAAAGGCAGAUUACAGAGGGAAGUGUGGAAAAAUGGUAAAAUUGUGAGAGAGAAGAAGCAGAAGAAAAAGAAGGAACAAGCAGUAACAAAGCAGAUUAAAGAGGUUUCUGAAAAAAAUCAGGCAGAGAAAAGUGAAGAUGCUUCUGAAAAGAAGAGAGUGAAGAAGAAGAAAAAGAAAAAGGUCAUCAGAGCAAAUGCCAAUAAUAGUGUGGAGAAACUUGACGUGGAUGCAGCAGAAGCAGUUGGUGCUAGUAGUGAAAAUCACCAUGACAACAAGUUAGAAACUCCAACUAACCUGGAAGAGGUAGGAAGUCAGUCAAAGGAAGCUGAUGUCAAGAAGACAUCUAGGAAAAAGAGAAAAAAAAAGGGUGGAUCGGCUCCAGCAAACUCUAAGAAGACACGCUAUGACAAAGCCAGUUACCAUGGAGCUAACCAGACAGAGGAGAAGGAGGUUGACAUAUCAUCCUGGCUUAGUAUUUACACCCCAGAGCCUGUGACAGAAGCCAUUGCAAAACUAGGAUUUUCGGAGCCAACAGAGAUUCAAAAACUUACUAUUCCACCAGCAAUUAAAGGUCGCAUGGAUAUUAUUGGAGCUGCAGAAACAGGCAGUGGAAAGACUCUUGCCUUCGGAAUACCUAUCAUUCAUGGAAUCUUGCUUGACAAAAAGCGAGAGGCUGAUGGUAACGACAGUGGCUUGGAGAGUAGUGAUGAUGAGGAGGGAGUUGAGUAUGGAGAAUUGCCAGGCAUGGGGAUGAAUGUUGAAGAAAUUGGAAACAAAGAAGGGAAUGUAAUGGAUGAGACAGAGAUAGAGGGUUUUGAUGUUCCCAUUGGGGAGAAUGCCAUUGAAGUGUUAGAUCCUUCAAGCUUUGACUUUGAGGGCAAUGACAUAGAAGACACGGAGAAAGAAGUUGAGUUAGAGGAUGAGAUUGAGGAUGAGGAUGAGGAUGAUGCUGAUGAUGAUGAUGAUGAUGAUGAUGAGGGGGAGGAGGAGGAGGAGGAGGAUGAAGAUGACAUUGAGGACAAUGUUUCAGUAGAUGAAGAGGGUGUUGAGGUUUUAGAUCCUUCAGCCUUAUAUUUAGAUGGCGAAGACUUGGAAGAUAGUGAAGAAGAGGGUGUACCUGAAGAAUUAGAUUUUGAAAGUGAGGAGGAAAUACAGGAACAAUUUGAGUUACAAGAUGAAGUAGAAUCUGAUGAUAUACCAGUAGAAGAUGUGGAGAUGGUAACUCAAGGUUUUGGUUGUGUCAGGGUUAUUAAAGAUGUUAAAUUUGACUUUCUGACUGAGGACAAGGUUCAAAAAUAUCCUCGGAGGAAGCUCCGUGCUCUAAUCAUUACGCCCACAAGAGAACUUGCAGUUCAGAUAAACAGUCACCUCUUAGCAGUGCUAGUCAACACAGAUAUCAAGACAGCAGUUGUUGUAGGUGGCAUGUCAUCUCAGAAGCAGGAACGUGUCUUGGCUCGUGGACCAGAUAUUGUUAUAGGCACGCCAGGACGCCUGUGGGAGCUCUUGCAACAGGGCAACCAUCACCUCUGUCAGCUCCCAUAUAUUAGGUACCUGGCAAUUGACGAGACGGACCGCAUGGUGGAGCGCGGCCACUUUCAGGAGUUAACCAAACUGUUAGAAGUGAUUAACAGUGAGGAGUCAGCCAAGGAAAAGCGGCAGACUUUUGUGUUCUCAGCCACACUGACAAUGAUCCAUGCACUUCCAAAGAGAAUGAAUUUCAAGAAAAAGGUAGUUGAAAUGACAUCUGAAAUAAAGAUUGAAAAUUUGGUGAGGAUGAUCGGCAUCAAGAAAAAUCGGAAGGUUGUUGAUGUUACUCGGUCAUUUGGCACAGCAGAGAGUCUAACUGAAGCCAAAAUCUUCUGUGACAAGGAAGAGAAGGAUUACUAUCUGUAUUACCUCCUCAAGCAAUAUCCAGGGCGUACCCUAGUCUUCUGCAACAGCAUUGACUGUGUACGAAGGCUUAAUAAUCUCUUCAACAUUCUUCAGUGUCAUCCACAGCCCCUUCAUGCUUCAAUGCAACAAAAACAAAGGUUAAAAAGUCUUGAAAGAUUUUCAUCAAAUCCUCGGGCUCUCCUGCUGGCCACUGAUGUUGCUGCACGUGGAUUAGAUAUUCCCAAUAUUCAACAUGUAAUUCAUUAUCAAGUUCCAAGGACAGCAGAGACAUAUGUGCAUCGCAGUGGACGUACGGCCCGUGCAACACAGGAGGGAUUGAGUAUACUUUUUAUUGAUUCAAGUGAAAUAAGCAAGUAUCACCAGCUGUGCAGAACACUCAACAGAGAGACUGAGCUGCCUCCUUUCCCCACUGAUAUAUGCAUCAUGAAGCAGGUCAGGGAGAGGGUCAACUUUGCUCGCACUUUGGAGAAAAGGGAACACACUACUCGUAAACAGAAUGUCGAGGAAGACUGGUGGAAGAAGAUGGCAAAGGAAACAAUGUUAGAUCUUGAUGAGGAGGAAUAUGAUGAGGAUUUUGAUACAGAGAAGAAAAUGAAGGCAGCCCAAAAUAAAAGAGAAAUCAAUGUAAUGAGAGCACAGAUGAUGCAAAUGCUGAAAAAACCUCUGUUGUCCUCCAACUUCUCGAGCAGAUACCCAACUCAGUCGGGAACCCUUGUGAACCCAUUCCAAAGUGCCCAAGAUUUAGAAAACUCGAUUGGAUCUGUCAGCACGAACAACAAAGCCAUAAAUCAUGUGAAGAAAGAAUCAAAAGAUUUCUCAAAGCUUGUGAAAACUGUUAAGAUAAAACCUCCACUAUCUAGAACUAGUAAGAAGAAGAUGAAAGGAUUUGAGAAGAGGAAAUUGAGACGGGAGCAAGAGAAGAAGAGGUUUUUGAAAGAGAGAGAAGCAGAGAGGAGAGGAGAAAUGUAGAAUUCUUGAAAUAUAUUUUGCUUCCCAUUGUUGACAUA